AUUAGAAUUUUAUUGUAGGUAAGGGGUAUCCUCUCCGAAAGUGUGUUUUUACUUUUCUGACUGUGUGAACUAAGCUUAAUCCUUUUAAAGAGGUGUAGCUGUGUGUAAUGAGAGGGGGAGAGAGAGAGAGAGAGAAAGAAAAAAGAGCAUGUUUAUGACUGCCUUGUAGAAUAAUCACAUGGAGAAUUCUCUUCUUUCUUUCGACAGCUGGCUAAACCCUUUAUUUGUUAUUGGUCAUAAACGGAAACUAGAAGAAGAUGAUAUGUACAAAGUACUCACUGAAGAUUCCUCUAAGGUGCUUGGGGAAAGACUGCAAUGGUACUGGGAUAAGGAAGUGCAAAAGGCCGAAAAAGAAGCAAGAACACCACAUUUAACAAAAGCAAUUAUACUUUGUUACUGGAAAUCUUAUUUAGUUCUGGGUUGCUUUACAUUGGUUGAGGAAACUCUGAUACUAAUUCAGCCAAUAUUUCUUGGGAUGAUCAUUGGGUAUUUUGAAAAGAUUGGUUCUACGGGUGCUGACAAAGAUGAUUUGGCCUAUGCCUAUGCCUCUGCUGCAGCCUUAUCUGUGUGCACUUUGAUUCUGGCCAUCACUCAUCACCUGUAUUUCUAUCAUGUACAACGUGCUGGCAUGAAGCUGAGGGUAGCCAUGUGCCAUAUGAUUUAUCACAAGGCACUUCGUCUGAGCAAUGCAGCCAUGUCAAAAACUACAACAGGUCAAAUUGUAAAUCUUUUAUCAAAUGAUGUAAAUAAAUUUGAUCAGGUGACUAUUUUCUUGCAUUUCUUAUGGGCUGGACCCCUUCAGGCGAUAGCUGUAACUGUCCUUCUGUGGCUUGAGAUUGGCCCGUCCUGCCUUGCAGGAAUGGCGGUCCUCAUUAUUCUUCUUCCCUUGCAAACCUGCAUUGGCAGGCUCUUCUCAUCUCUGAGGAGCAGGACUGCAGCUUUCACAGAUGCAAGGAUCAGGACCAUGAAUGAGGUCAUAACUGGAAUGCGGAUAAUAAAGAUGUAUGCUUGGGAAAAGUCGUUUGCUGAUCUUGUGAACAACAUGAGAAGAAAGGAGAUUUCAGUGGUUCUUAAGAGUUCUUACCUUCGAGGAUUGAACUUGGCAUCCUUCUUUGUUGCCAGCAAAAUUACAGUGUUUAUGACAUUCAUGACCUAUGUGUUGCUGGGCAAUCUAAUUUCAGCAAGUCGGGUGUUUGUCGCUGUCUCUCUGUAUGGUGCAGUGAGGCUGACGGUCACCCUGUUCUUCCCGGCGGCUGUUGAAAAAGUAUCUGAAGCACUGGUCAGCGUCAGACGAAUCAAG